AUGGAGCCAAACGAUGACCCAUCCCAUCAAACGGCAGAAAUCAAGGAGGAUACGCCCAAGGUAGGCCCCGUACAAACGGCCGAAGAAGAGGAUGUCGACCUGGAGUGGUUCUACGACAUGGCCAACAUCUUCCCCUGGAUCCGCUACUGGAAAUACAAAGGGGAAGAGCCCGUCGACUCCGACGACGAGGAGGCGCAGCGCAAGCCGGCCAAGAAAAAGCGGAAGGCGGCGGGCGCUAGCGAUCCAAAGCCAUCAACGUCAAAGUCCAGCGAAACGAACGGCAGGGCCAGGAAGCGCAAGCCCGCGCCAGAAUCUGACGGCUCCGAUGUGGAGACGCCACCGAGGAGAUCGAGGAAGCGAGCCGAGACGCCUGAUUGGGAGAUGCCGACGAAGUCGAAUAAGGCGAGAAGCUCCAAUGGCUCCGAGGGCGAGCCAAAGUCCCGUGGACGGCCACGGAGAAAGAAGCUGCAAGGGGAGAAGUUGCCAAUCUGGCAAGUCGACGAGCCGGUCUCACAUUGCCAGGAUGAGCAGCACGACAUGCUCGAGCUGUUCACCCGGGACCACCAUUGCGAGACGUGCGGCGUCGAUCUGAAGGUGCGCGCUUCUGAAACGGGCCAGGGCCUCGUCAACCACGCCAUCACCCACAUCGACGGCGACCACCACGACGGCGAGCAGUACGAAUUCCACGGCAGGCUGGUGACGAUGCGCGACCCGAUGUUCUCGAGGGAGGUGAAGCGCGUGGCGGCCGCGUCGUUCCCGGCUUACAAGGAGGAUUGUGCCGACUACGUCAACGAGAAGCGGAAACAGCAAAUCGAGGAGCAUGAGGCCGGCAAGGAGAAUCAAGACAAACCGCCCCACGAGAAUGACCAAGAAAUGAGGGCCGUCGUGAAGAAUGAAUGCCAGACGUGCAUGAAGAAAUUGGCGGUGCAACCUCAAGCCAGCCUCAACACGAUCAACUUGAUCAAACACUCGAUAGCCCAUCUCGAGACGGAGACCUACUUCGCGGAUCUGACCGCCACCGUCAUGGCCAAUUUCCCGCUUCAAGCCGACGAGCUGAUGGGCCGGAUUGCCGCCGACAAGGAGGAGUUGGUCAGCAACGGCGCGCUCGAGCACGACGACAACAAGUUGCUGCUCACCGUCGCCAGCAAUAAGGAUACUCGUCUCUCGAUGAAGCGUCGGCGUCGUAUCCCGAAUGUGUCCGACAACAACAACCUCCCACUCGGCGAUGAGGCCGACGGCACGCCGCAGCUGCUCAGGAUAACGCGCACGCGGGCCAAACUUCCAGAAUUGGACUCCGGAACCUGCACACCAACCAGCUCCCACGAAAUGGAUGUUCCCGGUUUGGCGGCAGGACGGCCGCGUCGCACUCGCGUCCUGCCACCUCGCUUCACUUCCGCUACUUCCGCCACCAGCUCCACCAGCAAGACGUUUCUGGAAACGAUGAGUGAUGAUCAGGGCCCACCAGAAGAAGUUACGGGUCGUCCAUCUCGUAUCCGCAAACCUCCGCCACGCCUCGGUUUCGAUGAUAGCAUGCAAAUGGACGACGAUGACAGCACUGAAAGUGAUUACGAGGAGGUGUUCAUUGGCAAGAAAACGCCACCGCGGCCGGCGCAGAGGCGACCGAAAAACGUGGCCACGACGUCGAAGCGCCGUAGCGAGGUUGUGCACGAGGAGCCCCAGCUGCCAGCAUUUGCCGCUUAUCAGCAGCCUGUUUACGAGGCCCCCUGGCACCCGUAUGAUCCAUUUCGGCGGUUCGUGACGUGGGAUGCGCCGCCCGAAUACCGUAUGAUGCCCCACCCGCCCAUCUACUCGACCCCACUUCCACCGUGGUAUCGACUCCCGGGCCACGCCAUCCCCUUUCCGCCACCGCCUCAACACGCUCCCCCGCAGAUUGUCGUCGCCACACCCCCAUCGAAUCAAGUAAAGUACCGUCCGAGGGUGCCGCCUCCGAGGCCAUUUGCCAAUCGUCGACUGACGCCGCCAUCCGAGAUCGAUCCGCUGGCGCUGCUGGCGAUCAUCUCCGAGAUGUUCAAGGCCGAUGUCCCUGCCGGUACCUACGAGGCCGCGGCCGCCGGUGGUCUAUAUAAGGACUUCUACCCGCGCCAUCACCGCUGGAGCGCCCGAUUCGAACAACAACCGGCCGACGACGGCGACAAGUUCGACGCGGUCAACAACAAUCUGCACCCAUUUCCCCUCCCGAACAAU